CCGUAAACUGACCGAGCUUCGCGGCAGUUUUACGACAAUGCACAGUCAGUCAGUGGCAGACAACGGACCAGGAGUUUAAAUAGUGAAGUUAUCGUUGGCUCGGGACUCAGGGACAGUUCGGGUCUUACUGAAAUCCAAACCACAUUUAAAGACUGGACUCAGACUUACACUGGUUUAUAUGAGUGUGUAAGUCUCCUGCAGGUCUUAGUGAAGUUUAGAGGGAAGAGCAGUCUGAUGCUCCGACAAGGGUGUGUGGAGCUGCCCUCGGACUGAAGCGGCUCAGUGAGGAUGGACAGACUGUCUCUGGGAGAGAAGUCUGCUCCCAGCAGGCUGAACCGUUGGGUGGAUCCGUCCUUCGCUGAUUUUCCUGCAGACAGUUUCUCUGUCCCUGUCAAGAGGAAAGGAGGUCCGGCUGUAAAUUCAAAGUGUGACACAAAGAGGAGCAGGAAGAGGAAAGGAGAGAGCAGCUCAGAUGCUCUCAAGUCCUCCCUGCUCAAAGAGGCAAUCCACAGGGACCAGGAUGAGCCCUGGGUGGACCGGCACACCCCCCGCUCACAGGCGGAGCUCGCUGUGCACAAGAAGAAGAUUGAAGAGGUGGAGAACUGGCUGAGAGGUCACUCCUCACAGGGGGGCGUGCUGCUGCUAACCGGACCCUCCGGCUGUGGAAAGACAGCCACAGUCCAGGUCCUGUGUGGAGAGCUGGGCCUCCGGGUUCAGGAGUGGACCAACCCCACACAACUGGAGCACUACAGCAGCAGUCAGCAAGACUGGCGGAUGAUGGACUCCUCCUUCUCCUCCCAGUUAACCCAGUUCCAGGACUUCCUGCUCAGAGCUAACAAGUACAGCUGUCUGAAGAUGACAAAUGAUGGAGGAGCCUCAGACAGAAAGCUCAUCCUGGUGGAGGAUUUUCCAAACCAGGUUUACAGACAGCCGGGCAGCCUGCACGACAUCCUGAGGCGCUUUGUGAAGACCAGUCGAUGCCCUCUGGUGUUCAUAGUGUCGGACAGUCUCAGCGGGGACAGCAGCUCACGUCUCCUUUUUCCCAGAGAAAUCCAGGAGGAGCUUCAAAUCAGCAGCAUCAGUUUUAACCCCGUGGCUCCGACCACCAUGAUGAAGGUCCUGACUCGGAUCUCAGCUCUGGAGGCAGGGAAGGGCGGGGAGAGGAGGUGCGUCUCAGACCCGGCGGUGUUGGAGACGCUGUGUUCAGGGAGCUCAGGAGACGUCCGCAGUGCCAUCAACAGCCUCCAGUUCUCCUCUCUCACAGACUCGUCUCUGGAGCGGGCUCUGUGGGGGAUGAAGAAGGACCGAGCGGGGAGCUCUGCGGGUAAAGCCGCCUCCAGAACCAAACAGAGGAAGAAGUCCAAGCAGGGGAAGGAGCAGGAGGAGGAGCAGGCCAUCGGGGGGAAAGACGCCUCCCUGUUCCUGUUCAGAGCUCUGGGAAAGAUCCUGCACUGCAAACGAGGGAGUGAUGAAGGCUCUGAGCCUGCUGAACCUGGACCUGGUCUCCCGUCUCACCUGUCCUCUCAUCACAGAGGACCGUUACUGGUCGACCCUGAGCUGGUCGUGGAGCGCUCUCACAUGUCCGGGGACUUCUUCAACCUGUACCUGCACCAGAACUAUCUGGACUUCUUCUCUGACAUUGAGGAUGUGGAGCGGGCCAGCGAGUACCUGUCUGACGCCGACCUCCUCACUGCUGAUUGGACGAAUCGCAGCACCAUGGGGGGUUAUGGGAGCUCAGUGGCCACCAGGGGGCUCCUCUACUCCAACUCCCAGCAGGUCUCUGUGGGCUUCAGACCGCUGCACAAACCACACUGGCUGCUAGUGAACAAGAAGCAUCGGGAGAACAGUGCGGCCGCUCAGUCUCUGUUCAGGAGUUUCUGCGUCUCACCCGUCAGUCUGCAGACUCACCUACUGCCUUACCUGGCCAAACUCACCAACCCCAUGAGGAACCAAGCUCAGAUCGCCUUCAUCCAGGACGUGGGUCAGAUGUCUCUGAAGAGGGGCCCCACCAGAUUAAGACUGGAGGCUCUGACGGACAAAGAGCCGAAUCAGCCGGACUCUGAGGAGGAGGGUGGAGCUCAGUGUGGAGGUCAGGGUGUGGUUGAUGACGCUCUGUCUGCCAGUCAGCCCAAACCUACGAGCAGCCAGGUGGAGGAGGAGGAGCUGAUCAUCGAGGAGUACAACAGUGACUGACACACACACACACACACACACACACACACACACACACACACACACACACAUACACAUACACACACACACACACACACACACACACACACACACACACACACACACACACACACACACACACUGCUGUUGUUUUGCUGCGACCUGUCCAGAUGUCCGUGCAGACGAGGAUUUGAGCGCUGUGAAUGAUUUGAGUUUUGAAAGAAGACUUUGUGUUGAACAGUUUCAGACAGGAAGUCACGGUCUGUGACACCUGUCUGCAGGUGUGUGUGACACCUGUCUGAGGUGGGUCAGGUGUGUGUGUGACACCUGUCUGCAGGUGUGUGUGGCUCACUGAGGAUGGGUCUGAAGCACAGAGGGUAGUUUUUCACAGACUGGUUGUUCUGUGGUCUGAAUGUGACGCUGUGACUCAGUAUUUAUUUGUUGUUCACGUUCAGCAUUGUGUUUGUUCUUGUGUGUUUCUCUGCCUGUAACAUGAAAGUGUCCGCCGUCUGCCUCACAAACACACACACACACAUUAAAGUGUUACUGAAGGAGACCCGCUGAAAACCUGUGAAUAAAAAUAAUGAGGGAACAUUA